AUGAUUCUUAGAGAUGAUAAAGGUCGAUCAUGGAAAGUUCAGCUGAACAAAAAAGAAGAAAAACAUAUUUAUAUUGGACGUGGUUUUAGAGCUUUUCGGGUUGCCAAUGGAUUGAAGAAAGGUGAUGAAUUCAAGUUUGAACUCAUCGAGAAUGAGAAUGACAAUCCCCCCAUCGUCAACUUUUCGCUUCUAAAGAGCAAACCGAUUAAUACCUAUAGAAAAGCAAAACUUGAACAAAAGGAACGGAUUCCUUAUGAAGAAGAUGACCUGCCCUACUUCAUGGGGAAAUUGAAGUCCUGCAACAUACGACGUUCACAUUUGUAUCUACCACUAAAAUUUGCGAGGUUGAAUGGAUUAAUCAACAAGAAGCAAAUGAUUCUGAAAAAUGUCGAAGAUGGAAGGACAUGGUCUCUCGAGAUACAGAACCAUAAGAAAAAAUUCUAUUAUAUAGGACAAGGUUGGAAGGAUUUUCGAGUUGCAAAUGGAUUGAAGGAAGGAGAUUGUUUCAAACUGCAGGUGGUCGACAAAGGGGAAAUGCCAAUUGCAAACUUCUACUUAUUCCUCCGCCUGCCAUCGUCGUCCUCCUGCCAAGCUGAUUUCAUCUCCACCUCCGGAAAAUUAGAGGUGGUAAUCGCUACAAAGUUGGAAACGACAUCGUUAUUUCGUAAUUCACUGAAACAUUCUUCCAAAAUUGAGGGUUAUUUUCUCGUGAGAUAUGGUGUGGUUUUUUCUGGUGGUGGAGGAAAGGUUGUGAACAGGAAGGGUGGCAGUGGAUAUGUGGGUCUUGGUCGAUGGCAUCCAAUGGUGGUGGUGGUGGGAGGUGAUGAUGGUAAUGGGAGCAGAUGGCAGAUUCUAGUUCUAAUAGAGAGGGGGUUCGAUGUUUUGGAUUUGAGGGAAAAAGACAAAGGUGUGUGUGUGUUUAUGGGAGAAUGA